AUGGAUACCAAUGGUCCCUCAUCUUAUCGUUCCCAGUUUGGUUCGGCAAAAUUUUCUCGUGUGCGAUGGCUUGAUUCGGGAGGACAGCAAAAAAAAUUCCUGACCUCAACGUAUAACUCUCGAAACAAAGAAAUAGCAGCGUGGUCAUUUGUUGAAGGUGCUGGAUUAACGGACGACUUAUUCUCAUGCGAAUGUAGAUUAAUGGUCGAUACAGACGUGAAUGAUUUGCUCCUAUAUGAUGGUACGAGAUUCGCGGCUGCAAUGAACGAUGGUUCAGUGAGAUUGUUGGAAUAUGAUGCAGGAGUCAUUAAACCUAUGAGGAAAUACACUAAUAUGCGUAGUGAUUGUUCUUGUAAUGCAUUAUGUUAUAACAAUGGUAAGAUCAUCAGUGGUGGUCAGGGUGGCAGUUUGAUAAGUAUCGAUUUGGAAGGCAACUCCAAGGAAAUUGUACAUCUGAAUAUGGCAAGUAUACGGUCCUUAGCAUCAGUCGCACGGGAUAUAUUUGUGUCAGCUCAUCUGGAUGGACAGAUCUGUUUAUGGGAUCUCAGAGCAGAGACGGAAUCAUCUCAGCCUGCGUUUUCCUGCAGAGUCACAGAUUGUUUCCAAGGCACUACAUCACUUGCUGCCCAUCCCGCCGAACCUAAUUUAAUUGGGUUUGGCACCGAAGAUGGUGGUAUUGGCUUUCUCGAUACACGUCGAAGCAGUUAUUUAUUGAAUACUAUUACAGUUUUUUUUCCGGUUGGUGCAGUCUGGGAGGUAGCUUUUCAUCCAAUUUACCCAUCAAAUUUUUAUUGUGCAACUGGUAAAGGUCAUUUAUUGCAUCUGAGUGCCAAGGGAUCCAAUCUCUCCAACUCGAUCCCAAAUUUUAACAGUCAGUCACGAGCAAAUGCAUGGCUUUCACCGUCAGUUCGUUCUGGAAAUGCUAAUGUUACAGCGCUUAUUGAUUGUCAAAUAUCAGUAAACACUUUCAGUAUAUCGACAAAUGGAAUUAUCGCAUGUUCAGACAAUCAGAUGAUUACUUACAUUGACAGGAACUAUCUGGCAUAA